CAUAAAACCCAAAGAAAUUCCGUCUGUGUUUCCUCUUAUCUCAAAAACCCAACAAUUCAAUUCUCCGAACCAGCCCCCUUUUCCCAUGCCUUUUAAGCUCGCUUGAAUCCGGGUCAAUAUCGAACUCCGAUAUCAAAUUCAGGGUUUCAAAGGUUAAUCGGAUUGGACUCGAGGUGGGUUUUCGAUUUUGAAGCUUGAUUUUCGGUUUUCAACAAAGAAAAUUGAAAAAACAGAUAGAAAAUGAGUGCUCAGAAGAAGAAAGCGUUUCAAAUAGAGGCGUUUAAGCAUAGGGUUGUGGUGGAUCCGAAAUAUGCAGAGAAAACGUGGAAGAUCCUGGAACAUGCGAUUCAUGAAAUUUAUAAUCAUAAUGCCAGUGGACUUAGCUUUGAAGAGCUUUACAGGAAUGCGUACAAUAUGGUACUGCACAAAUUCGGGGAGAAGCUGUACUCCGGGCUUGUCGCAACUAUGACUUCUCAUCUAAACGAGAUAAGUAGUUCAAUCGAGGCUGCUCAGGGAGGAUUAUUUCUGGAGGAACUUAACAGAAAAUGGGCAGAGCAUAACAAGGCUAUGCAAAUGAUCCGAGAUAUAUUGAUGUACAUGGAUAGGACUUUCAUCCCGAACACACACAAAACCCCGGUUCAUGAGCUUGGGUUAAAUUUAUGGAGGGAUGUUGUCAUCCAUUCCUAUGCGAUCCAGUCUAGGCUUCAGGCUAUACUUCUUGAAAAUGUAAGGAGGGAACGGAGCGGUGAAGUCAUAGACAGGGGUCUAAUGAGAAGUAUCACGAAGAUGUUAAUGGAUCUAGGUCCUUCUGUUUAUCAAGAUGAUUUCGAGAAGCAUUUUCUUGAAGUUUCAGCUGAUUUUUACCAUCUCGAGUCUCAAGAGUUCAUAGAGUCCUGUGACUGCGGAGAAUAUCUAAAGAAAGCCGACAGACGUCUAAAUGAAGAAAUAGAGAGAGUCUCACAUUACUUGGAUGCCAGAAGUGAAGCCAAGAUAACAAAUGUCGUAGAAAAGGAGAUGAUUGAAAAUCAUAUGCACAGGCUUGUGCAAAUGGAGAACUCAGGCUUAGUUAACAUGAUAGUCGAUGAAAAAUAUGAGGACCUAGGGAGGAUGUAUUGCUUGUUCCGUCGGGUACCCAAUGGGCUUGUUUUAGUCAGAGAUGUCAUGACUUCAUACAUUCGUGAUACUGGUAAGCAGCUGGUUACCGAUCCCGAAAGGCUGAAGGAUCCUGUGGAUUUCGUGCAACAUCUGUUGGAUUUAAAGGAUAAAUAUGACAAGAUCAUCACUUCAGCAUUUAGCAAUGACAAGACUUUUCAAAAUGCAUUAAAUUCCUCAUUUGAAUAUUUCAUCAAUCUGAAUUCCCGGUCUCCAGAAUUCAUCUCAUUGUUUGUAGAUGACAAGCUUCGUAAAGGUUUGAGGGGGGUUACUGAGGAAGAUGUGGAGGUGGUACUCGACAAGGUGAUGAUGCUCUUCCGUUACCUUCAAGAGAAAGAUGUAUUUGAGAAGUACUACAAGCAACACUUGGCCAAAAGGCUUCUUUCAGGGAAGACCGUAUCUGAAGAUGCUGAAAGAAGUUUGAUUGUUAAGCUCAAAACAGAGUGCGGGUAUCAAUUUACAUCAAAAUUGGAGGGUAUGUUCACUGACAUGAAGACAUCGCAGGAUACGAUGCAAGGUUUCCAUGCAAGUCAUGGUGCGAAUAUAGCAGAAGGUCCCACACUUUCCGUUCAUGUUCUCACUACGGGAUCUUGGCCGACACAGUCUAUUACUACAUGCAACCUUCCUGCUGAAAUCCUGGGCAUAUGUGAGAAGUUCCGGAAUUAUUACCUUGGGACCCAUACUGGACGAAGACUCUCUUGGCAAACGAACAUGGGGACAGCUGAUUUGAAGGCAACCUUUGGUAAGGGUCAGAAGCAUGAACUGAAUGUUUCCACGUACCAGAUGUGUGUCCUUAUGCUCUUCAAUAAUGUUGAUCAACUAAGCUAUAAGGAGAUCGAGCAGGCGACCGAGAUACCUGCCCCGGACUUGAAAAGGUGUUUGCAGUCUCUUGCCUGUGUCAAGGGAAAAAAUGUGCUCCGGAAGGAACCUAUGAGCAAGGACAUAGCAGACACUGAUAACUUUCUUUUCAAUGACAAUUUUACAAGCAAAUUCUUCAAGGUCAAGAUAGGCACUGUGGCUGCGCAAAGGGAGUCCGAACCUGAAAAUCAAGAAACAAGGCAGAGAGUGGAGGAAGAUCGAAAACCGCAGAUUGAGGCAGCAAUAGUGAGGAUCAUGAAAGCUAGGCGCGUGCUGGAUCAUAAUAACAUUGUUGCUGAGGUCACGAAACAGCUGCAGUCCCGGUUUCUGCCCAACCCCGUUGUAAUUAAAAAACGAAUCGAGUCCCUUAUCGAGCGGGAGUUUCUGGAGAGAGAUAAAAGUGACAGGAAAUUGUAUCGCUACCUUGCUUGAGAGGAAACGUCGUCUUCCCUUGUCAGGGCUUUGAUGCCUUUUAUUGCUUUCGAGUUCCGAUAUCGAACCUGCUUGGCCGGGUGUGUGUAAUCUCACUUCCAUUUUAUUAGUUUACAGAUUGUUUCAUGAACUAUAAUCAGUUCAGGUGAAUUCUUGAUGUAUGUAUCGAUUGCAUUGUGCUGCUUUAAUUCACCAUUUGCUUAUAUUUUGUU